AGAGUAUUGACCGCACUGCAAAACAGUGCAUCGUAUAGUAUAUCGCUUAUAUUAUAUCUCGAUAAGAUAAACAACCAGUAUUUUUUUCAAACUUGUAUGAUUAGUGCUGUUUGCGACAAUUAUUGAUCAGUUAAUCCCCCAAAGAUUAGUUUCAACAAAAUGUCGCGACUGGUUGCACUGAUUCUAGUACCGUCACUGCAAUUAUGCAUGUUAUUGAAUAUUACCGUUGCAAUAAACGACGAUCAUCCGUGUCAUCGAGAAUGCAACGACGAUACUGUACCCAUGACGUGUCAUUACAACUUUAUCUUAGACAUGUAUUCUUCUAUGAGUAAAGCAUGUGCCGAUUGCCCAUUUAAUUUAACGGACUGUUUCAAUCCAGGCUGCAUACCUGCUGAGGGUAAAAGGAAAGCAUUGUAUCUCGUGAAUCAGCAAUUACCUGGACCAGCUAUACUGGUAUGUAAAGGCGACCGAAUAAUAGUCGACCUAAAAAAUGAUCUUCUAACGGAAACGACGAGCAUCCAUUGGCACGGUCAACAUCUGCAAGACGCCCCGUUCAUGGACGGCGUGCCCUUUGUCACGCAGUGUUCAAUACCACCCGCUGGCCUGUUCCGCUACGAUUUUGUCGCCGAUUCGGCUGGCACGUUCGUGUGGCAUUCCCACUCGAAUGAUCAGCGUGGCGAGGGGAUGUUCGGUUCGAUGAUAGUCCGGAGUCCCCCGAGUUCCGAUCCUUUGCACGGUUUAUACGACCAGGACGAGCACGUCAUGGUCUUGACCGACUGGACACGUAUAUUUGGCGCCGAAGUCUUUGCCAUCGACGUGAACACGGGAAACUUGGUGAGACCGCACACGAUUCUAGUCAACGGCCUCGGCAGAUACCUACCGAUAAAGAGUGAAAAUGGCUCAGAGAUGCAUAUGCCCACAGCGGUUUUUAAAGUCGAGAAGGGUUUGAGAUACAGAUUCCGAAUAAUAAACGUCGGAGUACAAGAUUGCCCGAUGGAAAUGUCGUUCGAUAAUCACACUAUGCUCGUCGUCAGCUCCGACGGGAGAGAUAUCGUUCCGUUAGAAGUCGAUUCUCUGCGCAUUUUAUCUGGCGAACGCUACGACAUAAUUCUGUCAGCUAAGCAAAAAGUAGAAAACUAUUGGAUAAGAUUCCGAGGCAUGGAUGGCGCUUGUGACAUAACGAAAGCGCAUCAGGUCGCUGUGCUGCGGUACAAAGGUGCUCCCGAGGUAGAACCUGCCGCGAAAGUGGCUUACGAAAUACCCUCGAAGAAAAAUAUGAGGCAACUGAAUCCUUAUAAUAAGGGGACGGAGACACCCAGUGCUAUUAGUAUCCCUACUUUGAAUUCCGCGGAACCUGAUGAUGCCACAAGUAAGAGUCAACCGGACCAGCAAAUCUACAUCACCUACGAUUACCUAAACUUGGAUGAGAGAAAUCAUCGCCGGUGGCUCGAGAAUAUAGAUGUGCCGGCAGUGGAAUCAUUCAGGACUUUAUGGCAGCUGAACCACAUAACGUUUAAAUUCCCCAGCUUUCCUCUUUUAACGCAACCGGACAUGAUUCAGCCUGAUACGCUAUGCAAUUCUACCAGUGCAAAGAACUGCUUGAAAGAGUACUGCACGUGUACUCAUGUAAUAAAUGCAAAACUCAACAGCGUUGUGGAGUUGAUAAUCGUGGAUGAAGGUAGCAAAAUUUUUAAUCAUCCAGUGCACCUGCAUGGCUAUCACUUUCGCGUGAUCGCGAUGGAGAAGUUUAACGGUACGAUAACGUUGGAAAAAUUGAAAAAGAUGGAUAGAGAAGGCAAGAUACGCCGAAAGCUGCGUGGAGCUCCUCUGAAGGACACGGUGAUGGUGCCUAGUGGGGGCUACACGAUUCUCCGUUUUCAUGCAAACAAUCCUGGAUACUGGUUUUUCCAUUGCCAUUUUGAGAUGCAUGCAGACAUCGGUAUGGCCUUGAUUUUCAAGAUCGGCGAGCACGAAGAUUUUCGGAAGCCACCCGAAAACUUUCCUAAGUGCGGGAAAUACAAGCCGUAUUUCUAAGACUGCUCUACAUGAUUUCAUUGCGAUUAUACUUUGCCUUACGUGAGAGCGCGGACCGUCUCUUGACCGUGUAAAAUAGCACCUAUAGAGCGAGUUUCUGAAGCACAAAAGUGAAUAAUUGUUCAAGUCAAUAAAUAUUUCUAAAAAAUCAUUGGUAUAAAAAUACAUUUUUAUAAAAUAAAUAGAAAGUGUAUACAUUAAAUAGAAUAGAAUAGUGUUCUCCUAACACCGUAUAAUACCCACUAUACGUUUAAUUUGGCAUAAAAGCUCCAAUGAAAAUUUCAGAUAUAUCAAUUAUCCUAUGCACUAUUACGCUUAGAGAUUAUGCUUCAAUGAAAUUCAAGUGAAAUUUUGACCGGCAUCAUUCUAAUUUUAUACAUUAGAAACAUAAAUUUGAGAAAAAAUUGAAUAUACCGCAAUAAAAGACGUAUCCUCGCAUGCAACAACUAAUCGUAAAAGAGUCAAAGGCGGCUAAUAGCUAGUUAGUAUUAAUCUCAAUCGCGGUAAUCUCUUCACGAGUAACGAAUCCUACUAAUAUAUACCCGAAAAAAA